AUGAUGGCGACAUGCAAAGCGCCGCGUUCGGCGGCGCCUGGUCUCAGGGAACGAUUGUCUUUGAAUCUCGUACCAAUCAACCUCCUGUCCACCCGAGUAGGAUAUGCUGCUGCUUGGGGCAAUGGCCCUUUGAGCGCAGGAGCGAUUCCCUCUACUUCUCCGGAAUGGUCGAAGGCAUUUGUUCCCGAGGAGUAUGAGCUUGACCAGCCACCUCCAAAGCGCAUAAAAACCGGGUGUGAAGUGGAAGUUCCUCAUCCCAAAGAUAUUAUAGCGAACACGGAAUCGUACAAAUCGAUAGGAUCAACGGAGCCUUCAUUCAUCACUUCUGAUGAGCUUGCUGAUAUGCUGAAGACUCCACUCGAAUGCUCACCGGAUGAUUGCGCCUCCUUUCCAGUUGUAUUGGACCUGCGUAGUUUGCCGGCUCAAAUGUGCUUCCGAAUUGAAGCUGCCAUUGGAAUGCCCUGUGAAUCUCGUGUUAAAAUGCGUCUAGUUCUGCCCCAUUUGGAUAACUAUUUACACGGACAAGUCACGGAUGUCUGUCCUCAUUGUGGCGGUGCAUUGAAAGAAAAGAAACAGCUUGUUGUGUUGUACACAGAAACCGGUUCGGAACAUGCACCUGUUUGGGAAGGUCUCAGACUCCAUUUGACACGAACUCAUGGAGUUGAUGUGAGGUUGUUGAAAGGUGGGUUCCGUGAAUUCCGACGCACACACCCACAGCUUUGUGAGAAAACGUUUGGUCGUUUGAGUACCGCGCGCACUGGGUCAGGCGAUGAUAAUUGUCGAUCGUCCUCCACUCCUACUGGUCAACUAAAUCAGGCUCCUUCAUCUAGUCCCAACCCCGAUUUCCCAUUGGAUAGAUCCACUGAACAUCGACUGUCCGGUUCCGCGAGCUGUAAUUCGUUCCUCCUACCUGGUUUAACUUUCUCUUUUGAAAACGUUAAUGGAAUAAAUGGAUUAGGGUCACCCUCCUCAAGCAUAUUCCCACGUUAUUUGGUCAGCCCGAUUACUGUACGCUCAUCCUCGGAGUUCCUGUUCCCCAACGAAGAAGACCAACGGACACCGAAAGAUGUAUUCCGCAUCAAGGCCAGUCGCAUACUUCCGUUUCUUUAUUUGGGCAAUGAAAUCGAUUGCAGUAGUGAACAAUUCUUGGAUUCCUGUCGCAUACGAUCUGUGCUGAAUGUGACUACCAAAGUCCCGUUUUUGGACGAGACACGGUAUCGAUGCUGUCGACUACCCGCGGUCGACAUACAAACACAAGAUCUACGUCCUUUGUUUACCUCAGCUUUCGAGUUUAUCGAACAAUCCAGAGAAGCUGGCGACUCAGUUCUCGUUCACUGUCAAGCGGGCGUUUCGCGAUCUCCAGCCUUUGUAAUUGCCUACCUUAUGGCUCACUCCGGCCUAUCUCUUCGCGAAGCUUAUCGUUGGGUCAAAUCCAAGCGUUCCGUCAUCUCGCCAAAUUUCGCAUUCCUUGGUCAGCUUUGUGACUUCGAGGCCGAUCUGGUGGCAGGUCGUGUGCCCCGCAAACCAGAAACGUUAAACGGCCUGAUUCCUCAACUCGAAGAAUCACGCGAAGUGGAUGAUUUCCUGUCUUUGUCUAUCGACAAUUACAAUGCUGGUGCUCGUGCGUCACCGGUGGAGACCACGGAGAGCUUACAAUCAACAAACCGAAGUGAAUCUACCGGAGAAUAA